ACACAAGCACCUUCUCUCCCCACGCCAUCUCUCCUUCUUUCUCCAAAAUCAUUUCCAUUCUCUCAAUAUCUCCCUUUCCUCCACCACCAUGCCCGAAGCUCCCAAUUUUGUGCAGUCCUGGGUCACUGCUUCGGUCCCGGAGGAACACCGCAAGGUUCUUGACUACAUCGAGGAUGUGACCGUUAAUGCCGACCAGGUCCAGCGCCGGGUGCUCUCGGAGAUCCUCACCCAGAACGCGCCUGCCGAGUAUCUGCACCGCCAUGGACUAUCCGGCCAUGCCACCGCCGACCUCGACGCCUUCAAGCGCCUCAUCCCUGUCAUCACCUACGAAGAUCUCCAGCCCGACAUCCUCCGCAUCGCCCAUGGCGACCCCUCGCCCAUCCUCUCCGGCCGCCCAAUCUCCGAGUUCCUCACUAGCUCUGGGACAUCGGGCGGUGAGCGGAAGCUUAUGCCCACGAUCCACGAUGAGCUCGUCCGUCGAUCGCUUUUCUAUAGCCUGAUGACGCCGGUGAUGAGCCAAUUCGUGCCGGGCCUCGACAAAGGCAAAGCAAUGUACCUAUACUUCGUCAAAUCGGAGUCCCGGACCCCCGGCGGCCUCGUCGCCCGCCCGGUCCUCACCAGCUACUACAAGAGCCGACACUUCCUCGACCGGCCCUUCGACCCCUACAACAUCCUUACCAGCCCCAACGAGGCCAUCCUGUGCUCGGACUCGUACCAAAGCAUGUACGCCCAACUGCUGUGCGGUCUGGUCCAGAGCGCCGACGUGGUCCGAGUAGGCGCGGUCUUCGCCUCCGGCUUCCUUCGGGCCACCAAAUUCCUGGAGAAGCACUGGCCUCGUCUGUGCUGCGACAUCAGGACCGGCAUGCUGGACCCCCAGAUCACCGACCGGACCGUGCGUGAGGCCGUCGAGCGCGUGCUCCGGCCGGACCCCGGCCUCGCAGGCCACAUCGAGUUCGAGUGCAGCAAGGCCUCGUGGCAGGGCAUCAUCCGCCGGAUAUGGCCUAACACCAAGUACAUCGACAUCAUCGUCACUGGCGCAAUGGCGCAGUAUAUCCCCACUCUCGAAUUCUACGGCGGGGGACUCCCAUUGGCAUGCACCAUGUACGGCUCGUCGGAGUGCUACUUCGGUAUUAACCUGAAUCCCAUGUGCAAGCCUAGCGAGGUCGCCUACACCUUGAUCCCCACCAUGGCCUACUUCGAGUUCCUUCCAGUCCAUCAUAUUAACAAGGGCGCCAAGGACGACGAUCAACGUGACCUGGUCGACCUCGUUGAUGUGAAGCUCGGGCAGGAGUACGAGCUCGUCGUCACUACUUACUCUGGGUUGUAUCGAUAUAGAGUCGGCGACGUGCUUAGGGUCGCCGGAUUUAAGAACAAGGCGCCGCAGUUCAAUUUUGUGCGGCGGAAGAAUGUGGCGCUAAGCAUCGAUUCGGAUAAAACCGACGAGGUCGAGCUCCAUGCAGCGGUGAGGAAUGCGGUGAACCAUCUGGAGCCGUUCGGGGCAUCGCUGGUGGAGUACACGAGCUACGCCGACACCUCGAGCAUCCCGGGCCACUACGUGCUCUUCUGGGAGCUGAAGGCGGGAGGGACGGCGGUGCCACCGUCGGUGUUUGAGGACUGCUGCCUGGCGGCGGAGGAGUCGCUGAAUAGCGUGUACCGGCAAGGGCGGGUGUGCGACAAGUCGAUCGGGCCGCUGGAGAUCCGAGUGGUGGAGGAGGGGACGUUCGACAAGCUGAUGGACUGCGCGUUGAGCCAGGGAGCAUCGAUCAACCAGUACAAGGCGCCGAGGUGCGUGCGGUCGGGGCCGGUCGUCGAGCUGCUCGACGGCCGGGUACAGUCCCGGUUCUUCAGCCCAAAGUGCCCCAAAUGGGUUCCGGGACACAAGCAAUGGAGCAUAGAUAAUGGUGGGAUCUAAUAAUGAUCCUUUGAGAAAAAAUUGAGAUGUUAGCCUUCAAUUAAUCAUGGUAGCUAGUCACCACCUUUAGAGCUAGAUAGGCCUGCCUCGAUCUCUAUUUUUUCUUUUUGUUGUUUUUUCCCCUAAUUAGCUUUCUGUUUGUUUUCCUUUUCCAUCUCCAUUUGUGUACAAAUUGUUCCUUUUUAAGGAAGUUUUUAUAUCACUUUUCUUUUUUAAUCCGAAAA